AGGUAGACUUUGAGAUCUGAAGUAUCUGUCAGAAGAAACAACCUGCUAGAUCCAGGUUCUGUGAGUUGAUCAGACAUGGCAAACUUUAAGGGUCAUGCUCUUCCAGGCAGUUUCUUUUUACUCUUUGGGCUCUGGUGGGCCACGAAAGCCGUGCUGACACACUACAGCAGGAAGCUGGACAAAAAGGGCCAUGUGCACCGUAGUUUUGACCGUCUUGAGAUCAUUGAAGGAGCAGUCAAAGUCAUCUUUGCAACAAUAGGGAUCCUUGCAGAACAGUUUGUUCCAGAUGGCCCCCACUUGCAUCUCUACACUGUAGAGCCAAGUAGUUGGGUGAAGCUGAUGAACUGGCAACACUCCACUAUGUACCUGUUCUAUGGCAUAUCUGGAGUAGUGGAUAUCCUCACCUAUUCCCCAGCCAGAGUGCCUCUAGGAUUGGAUCGCCUCACACUUGCUAUUGCAGUCUUUGUUGAAGGCUUCCUCUUCUACUUCCACGUCCACAACCGACCAAUGCUAGAUCAACACAUACAUACUCUGCUGCUGACUAGCAUCUUUGCUGGUGGUACCAGCAUUCUGUUGGAAAUCUUCCUGCGAGAUAAUAUUAUCUUGGAGCUCUUCCGUUCCAGUCUCACCAUUCUGCAAGGGACUUGGUUUUGGCAGAUAGGUUUUGUGUUGUACCCACCAUUUGGAGGGCCAGCAUGGAAUGAGGAUGACCAUGACAACAUGAUGUUCAUUACCAUGUGCUUUUGCUGGCAUUAUGUCAUUGCUAUCCUUAUUGUGGCUAUCAUUUAUACUCUGGUUCAUUGCUGCACUCGGGGUUGUAGAAGAAACAACGGACAAAUCAACAUCAGGCUUGGACUCCGCAAACAGAAGAACGAGAAAGGAGAUCAGGCUUCCCUCUUGAAUGUAUCUGAUGAAGAAUGAGUGAAGAUGCCAGUCCUCAUUGGUUUCUUUAAUUUCCAGGAGACUUAACAAUCACACUUCCUUAAAAUUCCAGUGAUUAACCUAAUCUAAGAGUAUGCUACAAGGAAGAACAUAAGAAAAGCCAUGCUGGCCCAGAGCAAAGGUCUAUCAAGUUCAAUGUUCUAUUCAUGUAUGAUGGCCAAUGGGUUUGUACGCCACAUAAAGCUACUUAUCCCAUGAAAAGAUUGCAUUUUCUCAAAUCCCUUCAAUUUGAAAUGUAUUGUUUCAUCCAUCCUUCCUCUUUUGUAGAUAGUAGAAAGUCAUGGGAUGCAACAUCUAGCUUGGUUUGCCCUCCUUUGGAAGGAGAUCAGGAGUGAGACUUAAGGCACUUUCUAAUAUGUAAAGUUUCUUUACAAAUACAGAGAUUAAGCAGAGGUGGUGAUAAAUGACCCAACUGCUUCAACAACAAAACCAGCUACCCAUCAUCAACAUUUCAAUGACCAGUAGUUCAAUGGUACAAUAAAAAUAUUACAAGAAUUCCAGAAAAUCCAAUAAAGCUGAUAUUGUAUGGUACUGGACAUGGACCAAAAAGAGCUAGAUACAAAUCCCAGUUCUUCGUGGCACAUUUCCUUAGCCUAAGUGAACUUCAGGGGUUGUUAUGAGUGUGUAAUGGGAUAGACCCAUUGAUGCCGCUGUGUUGUCUUCAAUGGAAAGACAGGAUUCAAAUAUGUUAAAGAAAUAGAAUCCAUUGUCAUAACUGGAACUUGGAACCAAGACAUCUUUGUGAAAAUACUAGAACGUCAGCUACCCUUCUAAAGAGCACAUCUGAUCUGAUCUGAUUUGGAUAGUCUCUUGCUACUUGGUUCAGUCUGAGCAAAAGCAUCCAGACUUCCCAUGCUUCAUUGACUGUUUCCCAUAAAUAAAUGGCAUGCAUGCUUGAUAGUGAAUCUUUGAAUGUUUGCCCAAGAACUUUAUAUGCUACAGAGAAUACAGGGAAGCACAUUUUUGGUUGGCAUGGAAUUCAGUCCAGGAUACUUGGACCUUACUAUUGUCCUAUGUAAACUAGAAGUGCUUUCUGGAUCACACUUGGCACCUCUCCCCAGUUGCCAGUGAUGGAGGCUGGCUGUGUUGAAAAGGCUCUCUUUGAGGGAAUGUGUUCGCCAUUUAUUUAUCUUUCUCACUGAGGAAUAUUGGAAGUCCCUUGGACAAGAAUCCGCCAUGAGCCCAAGUUUUAAUGGAUAGGUUUCACUGACAUAAAUACUAAUAUCAUGGGAUUUCCAGUGUUAAGUUAACUGAAAAUAACACAAAUGUUCAGCUUCUGACGUUGUCUAGUUCUUGCUUACUGCAUGUCCCACAUUAUUGCCUUGAAUAAUC